CCAGAUUCGUAACAAAUAUUAUCAUGUUGCAGUCUGUUUGGGACCGAAAGAAUGCCCUCCAACUUGUUGCAGGUGCGAAGGGCUGGGUGCCUAGCAUGGUGCGGACCGAUCUGCGGUCCAACUUUGAGGAAGUCACGGCAACUAUCCUUGACGACAACUUUUGGGACGAUGUUGAGAAGUCCAUCAAUACUACGGAGGCUAUCGUGAAGUUACUGAAGAUGGUGGACAGUCCAGGGGCCACCAUCAGCAAGGUUUAUCAUCAUAUGGACGACGUAGUGGACGAGAUCAGGAAGUUGGAAGUCCUUAUGGAUUUUGAGAAAGCGGAGGGGGAAUCGAUCCUCAUGGAUCGAUGGGCAUUCAUGACAUCGGAGCUGCAUUGUGCAGGAACAUUUUUGGAUCCGGAGUUUCGUGCACACUCUGCCAUCCACGAUACGGAGAUCCGGGAGGGCUUCAACAUAUGGUUGUACACCUGGGCCGCGCCAGACGAUUUAAAUGACAUCAGUUGGCAAGUGGACGACUGGGUUCGCAUGAAGGGUGCAUUGGGGUCGAGAGAGGCAUUGGAUGGGGCACGAUUGAGGACCCCCUCCAUGUGGUGGGACUCGUUCGGGUCACGCCUAAACCUCCUGCAGCCCCAAGCGAUCAAGCUGCUCGGACAGACAAGCUCCUCUGCCGCUUGUGAGCGCAACUGGAGCUUGCACGAGCUCAUUUUCGGCAGGAGGAGGACGAAGCUGUUGUCGGGCCGUCUUGCCAAGCUCGUGUACAAUAAUUGGAAUCUCCACCUGCAGUGGAGGCAAGAGAAGGGGGCUGGCCAAGACGAUGUCCACAUCCCGUGGAUGGAGGACUUACCAAAUGCGGAGAACAAGGCGGAGGCAGAGCGCUUUUACAACGAGUGGGUGCAGAAAGUAAAGGAGAGCACCGGGGAUAUGGGGGCUAACGCAGAGGACCAUAGCGUUGUCAUUGCAGAGUAGGACGAUGAAGGUUCGAUGAUGACGCAGUGUCUUUGCGUCAACCACAACCAUAAAGUGCGUUACAUAUCAUUCCCGCCUCACAGUGAAAUUAAUAAAAUAAAAAUUAAAUU